CCAGACGACCCAAUUCGACGCCGACAUUGCCAUUCACUCCCCAUUUCGGGGAAAGGUGCGGCCAGAGCUCAACCACGCCUGGGAUGAUGAUGUCACCAAGAGUGAGUGUGGUUGCGUUGUGCCCAGCAAAAAAACAUGGAUGAAUGUUCGGUCUCGGUUGAAUUCAGGCUGAUAGGUUUUUACCUUCCACCAACCAGCAAACUUAAUCCUGAUUGACGAGAAAGCCAUGCAUUCUCUUGGAGAGUCCACAGUGAAUGCGACCAUGCUUGGUGACAGAUACCUUGCCGUGGUUGAAGUGUUUCACCAGCCAGCUCCAUUGCGUGGAUCUCGUGAGAAAGUACGUCCAUCGUGCGGAUUAUCCGGGCUAUGAGGCGUUUGAGGACCUCGAGGAGGCUGUCCUUGCUCGUGUAGACCACUGCAUUGAUCUGCUCCGUCAGGUGGUUCAGUGCACUGGUGGUGUGGGCCGUGUUGUGUAUGAUGAUAUGGGCCCUGGAAAGCCCCCCCCCAUGACGAGGUUCUCGAAUAGUGUCAAACCUAGGAGAGUACUAUCUCUUGGUUGUGAAUGACCAGGCAGCCUUUUUUAGGAAUCCACGGUAUAAACCCUAGAAACUCCCGUCGGUCUUUUCUCCCCAUUACAUCCUCCCACUCCCACAGCUCAUAGAGUUUCAGCUCGUUGCUCUCGUCACCCCACCAUGUCUCCCAAGCCGUCCGAGGACUUGGUACCUCUUGUUAAAGAGAUGUUCGAUGAGAAUAGGGGGAUCUGCUCCGGACCUCCCAGCACUAAAUGUGGUGGGCAAAGCCCGUUUCCUUCUCUGGACGCGC